UGAAAGUGUACAAGUAUUGGAACGUCAAAAAUAAUCAAUAAAUACAAGUAUUCACGAGUGCAGUGUAUUUUAAUUUAUGUUAAUCGAAGAUGCAGGAUGUUGUACUGAAUAUAGAUAAUAAGGAAAUUUUAAAUGAGAUACUACAUUAUUCCAUUGACUACUUGAUUAGAUCAACGAAGCACAAAAAUGUGUCAUUGACAAAAUUAAGUCAUAAAUUUGGAUUUUCAAAUCCAGAUGAAUUUGAAAACGCAAUCAAAUUCAUAUCAAACAUUUAUCGACAAUUCAUCUUGGAAAUGAUUUCGGAGGCUGAGUUAUUGUCACACUUCGCUCAUUUCAAUGCCGAUUUUCAACAGUCUGUAUUGGAUGUAUUCUCAGUGCGGCGAACUGAGAUGGAAGAAUUUCUUAUUAUCGAGCACAAUUCACGAAAAAGCAAUCUGUUGAUGUCUUUCGAUUGGGAUAUUCGAAAAAUUCUUGGAACUAGCAAUAUGGCAUCAUUGCACACUCAAAUUACCUCGCUAAUACUCAAUUGCAAAACACCGAAUUCAACAAAUUUGAAAACCAUACACAUGGAAUUGUCUCGAGAGCAAAUUGACAAAUUGAUAACAAUAUUGGAAAAAUGCGACAAAAAUUUAACAGCAAUUGAUUAAAGAUGUAGACUGUAGAGAAUGAAAGUCAAAUGAAUUUCAAAUAAAUUUAAAUUUAAUUUAA